AUGUCCCAGUACCUAUAUGUACUCUACAUCCUCUGGGCCCUGCGCCAUACCUUCGGUAUUCAACUUAUACUCCCACUAGAGAACCAGAAGCCGAAGCAUACAACACAGCCUGAACAAUGUGAAGGGGGGCGAGCUACUAUAGACAUAGGUUUAUUUGGCACUUGCGUAAAGUAUCCAAGAGGUGAGGUGAAGAAGCGUGCUGUACCGGGAGAGCUAUGCGGAAGGUUUGUACCACUACAGUUAGCUAGAUACGGGGAUGUUUGGUUCUUUCUGCAACUCGGGCUCAUACUCAGGGGGGAAGACGCAGAGAUUAAGAUAAGGGGACUAGAGAAGAAAGGCUAUAUCAUGAUCAGCUACAGGACUAGUGUUCCCUCCCUGUCAAUAUUAUAG